UCACAUUGGUGGUAAUUGCUGAAAUUACCAUCUUGCAAAACUUUUUUUGUUGUAAAAAUACAUAUACAAAUACACAAGAAAAGUAAUAGGCAUUAGUUUUUCAUAAAAUAGUGUAAAACCAAGUACACUUUUAGUUAGCUUUAAAGAUAGUUUUCAGUGUUAAAAGAAAUUGAUUUCAAGCUCUAGCUCUAGUUUUCUUACACUAGGCGUGACGACAAAAAAAAAAUCGACACAAAAAAAAAACAAAUUUCACUUAAAAUCCGCAAAUAAGAUUUAUACGCGACCGCAUCAAGUACGAUUAGUAAACGAAAAGGAUAUUUUGUGCAACGUUCCAAAGUAGAUCAAAAUUACUUAAAGUCAACCACUAACGAAAAUAAAAUAAAGGGCCAUAGAAGCGGCGGCGGCAGCAGCGGAAAGCGUCGAAAGCAGCAAAGACAAACAAAUUGAUUGCAACAACAGCAACCACAGCAACAGCAACAGCAAAGGCGGCAGCAAAGGCAACAGCGACAGCAACAUCGACAGCUACAGCAACAUAAAUAUAAAUAUAAAUACAAAUCAAAUAAAAUGUACGCAGGCGCAUAUGCACCGAACGCAGGCGGUGUCCAGCAGCAGCAUACAGGCGGCUACUAUGGCAAUGGUGGUGGCGGCGCAGCCGCUGGCGGCGGCAAUGGACCGCGCCACGAACGUCCCUACUAUCCGCGCAAUAAUUAUGCCAGCGCUGCCGGCAAUGCGGCAGCUGCUGCUGCUUUAAAUGGCGCAGGCGGCGGCGCUGCUGCUGGCGGUAUGCAUUUUAGUCAACCGUACGGUGUGAUGACCUAUGGCAUACAGAAUGGCAUUAGCAUGGGUGCCGCCGGCGGCAAUCCGUAUCGCGGCGGCGGUGGUGCGAUGCAAAAUGGCGCAUUCGCUGGUGCCAAUGGCAUCGCCUUUCAGGGACCGCGUGUCAAGAAUCCCAAUUAUACGCAACGCUAUCAGAAGCCCCACAAUGGCAUGGGAAAUGGCGGCGGCGGCGGUGGCUAUCAGGGCAGUGGCGGCAGUGCCAAUUAUAAUGCGGCCGCAUUGGGCAUGCUAUCGAAGGAGGAGCGCGCCGAAUUGCAGCGUGAGAAGGCCAAGAAUCCGGGACGGAAUCUGGUUAAGCCGCAUUGGGAGAAUUUGCAGCCGUUCCUCAAGGAUUUCUACAUAAUGCAUCCGAAUACAUUGAAUCGCAGCGAACAGGCAGUGGCCGAAAUGCGUCACGAAUUGGAGAUAACCGUAUCGGGCAAUGAUCUACCGCAUCCGGUUGCCAAUUUCGAGGAGUCAUCACUGCCCACGCACGUUAUCGAUGAGAUGAAACGUCAGGGUUUCACCAAACCGACCGCCAUCCAAUCCCAGGGCUGGCCAAUUGCAUUGAGCGGACGUGAUCUUGUCGGCAUCGCCCAAACGGGCUCCGGCAAAACGCUGGCCUACAUGCUGCCAGCAAUUGUCCACAUUGGCAACCAGCCGCCAAUUAUGCGCGGCGAGGGACCCAUCGCCCUGGUGCUGGCGCCCACACGCGAAUUGGCCCAGCAGAUCCAGUCGGUGGUGCGGGACUAUGGCCAUUUGUGCAAGCCUGAAAUACGUCAUACAUGCAUUUUUGGUGGCUCCUCAAAGGUGCCACAGGUGCGCGAUUUGGAGCGCGGCGUUGAGGUGAUCAUUGCGACACCCGGCCGUCUAAUUGAUUUCCUCGAGAAUCGCAAUACCAAUUUGCAGCGUUGCACAUAUCUCGUACUGGACGAGGCCGAUCGCAUGCUCGACAUGGGCUUCGAGCCGCAGAUACGCAAAAUCAUCGAACAGAUCCGUCCGGAUCGUCAGGUUGUUAUGUGGUCGGCCACCUGGCCGAAGGAGGUGCAGGCGCUUGCCGGCGAUUUUCUCAACGAUUACAUACAGAUCAACAUCGGUUCGAUGAAUCUGUCGGCCAACCACAACAUCAGACAGAUCGUCGAGAUCUGCAAUGAGAACGAGAAGCCGCAGCGCAUGAUGCGACUGCUCAAGGAGAUAACGCCCAGCAACAAUGCGGCCAACGCAGGCAACAAGAUCAUCAUAUUUGUGGAGACCAAGAUCAAGGUGGAGGACAUAUUGCAGAUAAUACGCAACGAGGGAUAUACAGCGACAUCGAUACAUGGCGACAAGUCGCAGAGUGAACGUGAUUCGGUGUUGAGGGAUUUCCGCAAUGGCAAAUCGAAUAUAUUGAUUGCCACCGAUGUGGCAUCGCGCGGCUUGGACGUUGAGGAUUUGCAGUAUGUGAUUAACUAUGAUUAUCCCAACUCGUCGGAGAACUAUGUGCAUCGCAUUGGACGCACCGGACGCUGCCAGCAAUUGGGCACUGCGUACACAUUCUUUACGCCCGACAAUGCCAAGCAGGCACGCGAAUUGAUCUCGGUGCUGGAGGAGGCCGAGCAGACGCCGUCGCAGGAGCUGCUCGAUUUGGCCCGGGCCAUGCCCAAUUCGGGCAAUUAUCGUGGCAACAAGCGCUGGAAUAACAAUGGCGGCGGCAACGGCAAUAGCGGCAUCUAUCAGCAGCAGCGCAGCAAUCCGCUCAACUAUCAGGCGGGCGGCGGCAAUGGCGCCAACAAUGGCUACAACAAUCGCACCAGUUAUCAGCAGCAAUAUGCUGGCGGUGGUGGGGCCAACAGUUAUCAGUCCAAUGGCGGCGGAGGCGGAGGCGUUGGCAAUUGGAAUCGCGGCGGCGCUGGCGCUGCACUUAACCAGCAGCCGGGCAUCGAUGUUGGCAAUCGCAGCGUCAGCGGCGGUGCCACCUAUCGCCCACGUGCACCGUUCAACAAUGGCGGUCCGCGUGCCAUAAUGGGACACAAUGGGGCCGGUGGUGCUGCUGUUGGCGGCGCGGCUGGCGCCCAUAAUGCUGGACAGCCCCAUUUGAGCCAACAGGCUGGCGCGUUUAUGCAGCCAAAUUAUCGCGGACGUGGACAGUUUGUGCAGCCAAAUACGGUUGCCGCUGGCAGUGGCAUGCCACGUUUCCAGCAGUAUCCCAAGCGUGAUUAUCAACAGCAACAGCAGCAGCAACAACAGCAGCAACAGACUCCACAGCACUAUCAACCGCAACAACAGCAGCAGCAGCAACAGCAGCAGCAACAACAACAGCAGCAGCAACAACAACAGCAGCAGCAGCAGCAACAACAAAAGCCCAAAGGCGGCGAUGAUAAGAAUUUCAAGGAAUAUGCAUCGGCUGGUGUCAGCACACCGAUGGUUCACUAUACGCCAGCUAAUUCGCCACCGAUAACGGCCGUAGCAACUGCUGUUGCCGGUGGCGCUGGACGUGCACCGGUUGCGGCUGCACCACCGGCCACCGCCUACAUGUAUGACGCAUCCGGUGUGCUGGCACCAACAGCGGCACCCGGUACCAAUCCAUAUGCCAGCCAAUUCAGUAUGCCGGCCGCAUACUAUACCACACAGCAUCAUCAGUUUGCCCCAGCAGUGGCCGGACCCGGACCGGGCGCCACCAUUGAGCAGACGGGUCAGCAUUAAGAUGGCCACGCCUACUCAACCACCCCAAUACAAAACAAAAAAACAGAAACAAAAACAAAAACAAAAAAAAAGAAGAAAAUCCUGUCUCUUUCUCUCAACUCCAACAAGAAGUGCAACAACAAUCCCAAUUAACAAACAUAUAACAAAGAGAUGCAACAGAGAGCAUGAAGAAGAUAAAUCAGGCACACACACGCAACACACAACACACACACACACACACACACACACACAACACACACACACACACACAUUCUACUACUGACAAACAUCUAAAGACACACACACACACACAAACACGAGAAGAACACGCGUAGUAAAUAAAUGAAUAAUUGUAAAUUCGACUCUGCUCGAUUCGUGUUCGAAUCGGAAAAAAAAAAAACGAAAAAUGAACACACAAAAAAUAUCCAUCAACCAUCAUAAAAGCCCCUCCUCCACCCAUUAAGCGAAGGAAGCAGCAUGAUGUACACAGCACAUUGCAUACAUAUCUAUAUGUAUGUUGUGUAUAUAGGAUAAUAAUGUAAUUCGAUCGAUGAUCAUUAACAAAAAACACCAACAACUGUUGUCGCUUACAACAGCCAAACUUUGCAACAUGGGCAAGCAACAUGCAACAACACGGACACAACUGGCUACAAUUUAUACGAGUUGGCUAACCAAAAACCAAACAAACGAAAAACAAAACAAAAAAAAAAUCAAAGUAUAAAAAGUAAAAAAAAAAAAAAAAA